AUUGAGCUUAGAAGGUGCAACCGUAGCUCAAAAUAACUAACCAUAGUGGGUUAACCCAAGCUUGCUUGUCUAUUAUAAAAGAAGAACAGAAGGUAAAAGAAGCUCACAUCACUAUUCUAUUUCCUAUUUGCUGACUGAGAAUGGAGGAAGAAAGCUCUGGUUCUAUCGACAACUUCAAAGACCGGUAUGAUUCUGACCGAUACUAUCCCACCAAUAAUUCUGAUGAAGAAGGUGAACCGAGCCAUGAUCAUCGAACCAAAAGCCGCAAACACGCACCAAUCUUAGAAGAAGGUGAAGAUCGAAUCAGCACUUACCUGACUGCAUCCUCCUCACUAUUCUCUCGUCUUUGCACACUAAAGAAGCUAUCAAAACAUGCGUUUUAUCCAAAAGAUGGACAUAUCUUUGGACCUCCGUACCCUAUCUUCGUUUCACAAAUACUUUCUUUGGAAACUCCAAAGUAAGCUCUGCCGUUUUCGCCAUGCUGUGGAUUUGACACUGCAUCGAUACAGAGCUCCUAAACUCACAAAUUUCUCCGUCGAAUUCAAGUUCAAGCCAUACCUAAAGCUUCGCAUCAAUCUUUGGGUUCUAUCUAUAAUGUCAAUCAAACAAUUGCCUUCUCCAUUGUUAAAGUGCAAAUGUCUAACGAUGAAAACAAGCAUGGACAGCUGGGAUCUUGCUGGCAUUGCAAGCCUGCUUCAAAAUUUGCCUCACGUGGAGACAUUGGUUAUAGACAUUGUAUCCCCCGACUACUUUGCGUUAGAUUUUCUAGACAGAUGUUAUGAUGAAGUGAAGCAUUGGAAAUCAAAGGAGAUAUAUUUCAAGUCUUUGCUACAACACCUUAAGAUUGUCAAGAUCUUUGGUUUUGGAAAUGUUUUACACACAAAGGAAGUAUUCAUUUCAGUGGUACAAUUUCUACUUAAGAAUGCAAAGGUACAAGAGAAGAUGGUUAUCACUAAACCAAGGUUUAUGCAAAAUUGAACUUGUA